UAAGCAACUUCUUCUUUAUUGUUGUUGCAGACAGCAACGUCUCAAAUAACUCAUCUGCAGAGAGAGACCAGCUACAGACCAGUUACAACAACCUGACUAAAGAGAGAGACCAGCUACAGACCAGUUAUAACAACCUGACUAAAGAGAGAGACCAGCUACAGACUGAGAGAGAUGUUCUUAGCGUCAGGCUUUACAAUCUCAAAAAAACCUGUCCUAGAGGUUGGCAGAAGUUUGAAUCCAGUUGGUACUUCCUGUCUACUGAGACUAAAACCUGGAAUGAGAGCAGAGAGGACUGUCUGGAGAGAGGAGCAGACCUGGUGAUCGUAACCAGUGAUAAGGAACAGGAGUUUCUCGUCAAACUCAAGAAGAGAUUCUGGAUUGGUCUGACUGACUCUGUUAAUGAGGGGACCUGGAAAUGGGUGGACGGGACAUCACUGACCACAAG